UGUCCUGCCUUGGAUAACGUUCCCUCUCCAGUGUAUUCUCAGUGCCAUGGCUGCGUGGGCUCCGGAGGCGUUUGCAUGCCCGAUAUGCUUGGAAACCCUGAGCGACCCUGCCACGCUUCCCUGUGGACACACGUACUGCUUGGUGUGCAUCCAGAAGCACUGGGACCAGCCCUCCAGCAAGGGCUCCUGCGAGUGUCCUCAGUGCCGACAGCGCUUCACCCCGAGGCCCGUGCUGGCCAGAAGCAACGUGCUGAUGGAGGCGCUGGAGAAGCUGAGGCUGAGCGAGCGGGACGGCCCCCCGUCUGUGCCCGUGUGUGCGGAGCCGUCCGGCCUGUAUCCCGCUCUUCCCACAGGAUCACCGGAGCUCUGUCCGCUUCACCAGCAGCCGCUGGAGCUGUACUGCUGCCUCGACCAACAGCGCGUCUGUGACGAGUGUGGCCUUCUGGGACACAAGGGCCAUCAGGUGGUGCGUCCGGAUGAACAACAACACAAGAUUCAGCAAGAGCUGAUAGGAUUGAACGCCCGGAUCGAAGGGAGCAUUGCAGACCGCGAGAGGGUUGUUCAGAGCCUCCCCCAAGCCUCGGAAGCACACCAGGUGUCCCUGCAGCAGCUGAUGGAGGACAGCCAGGCCGUGUUCGGGGACGUGUUGAGGAGCGUGGAGCUCGGCCGGUCGCAGGUGCUGGAGCUGCUGCACACACACCAGAGCUCGUGCUCCACACACACCCAGGCCCAGACACAGCAGCUCCAGCAGGAGAUCGCCCUCCUACGCCAGAAACACCAGCGGAUCAGGAGCCUGCAGCGCAUCCAGGACCCGCUCACUCUCCUCAACGCGUUCACGGCGGUGGAUUGUGCGGACCCGUGUGUGAGCGCAGCGAUGGAGAUCGUGAGUCCGCAGACGCUGAUGAUGUCAGAGGUCAGAUCCACUCUGCACGCUUUCAGAGAGGCGCUGGAACACCUCACCACAACCAGCCUGACCCGUGUCUUCAGAGUCGUGAACGAUGCGGCCGCUCUGGCACAAUCAUCCAGUCAGUCAUGUGACCCAGGCGUCGUCUCCAGCCAAUCACAGCCGCCCUCACUAAACCCAGCUUUUCAGAUUACAGAAGGAAAGUCUGACUCUGUGAAACCGGAUGUUAAACCAGUCAAAGCUUCUUCUCCUGCAACACAAGCACAUCACACGAACUCUGCCAAUCCUGUUGGGAAAGCUUUGAUUUGCCCUAUUAAACAUCUUCAUUGUGUCUCUACAGUGGAGGGAUCAGCAUCGUGUUGUCUAGCUAAACCAGCACCUAGAACCCGAGAGGAAAUGCUUAAAUUUCGCACCGACCUUACUCUAGAUCCCAAUAGUGUUUUCCGUCAGAUCCGUCUGUCUGAUGGCUAUCGCAAGGCGACGCUGUGCGCGGAGAGCCAGAACUACCCGGCUCACGCGGACCGCUUCGUGUUCUGGAGGCAGGUCAUGUGUGCGGAGCCGCUGGCUGGGGGCCCGAGCUACUGGGAGCUGGAGUGGACCGGGCACAGGGUGACGGUCGGCGUGGCAUAUAAAGACAUGGAUCGCUCCUCAGCGGAUGACAGUGCCAGACUGGGCCACAACACACACUCCUGGAGCCUGUACUGGUCCGGCAAGGCCUUCUCCCUGUGGCACGCUGGGAGAGAGACGGCUCUGGCAGGUCCUAAAGCCAGGCGUGUGGGAGUGUAUGUGGACCAGCAGGCCGGAGUGCUGGCUUUCUACCGCGUCUCACACACUCAGGCCCAGGAGAUCUGCUGCGUUCACACACACUUCCACGGGCCGCUUUUCGCCAGCUUCCGCUUCUGGUCUGGAGUCGGCUCCUCCAUCACCAUCUGUGAGCUCAACUAGGAGGA